CUGAUCUGUCACUUUUGAGAAAAAUGCCUUGAGUUGUUCUUAUUCUUAUUUAUUUUCCAAAGUUCAUGAAUAUUAGGUUUUGUUUAUUAACUUAAUAAGUACGAAAUGAAAUGAAUUAUCAGGGUACAUUAGACAGUUUUGUAAAAUUUUCUCUAAGUAGUGAUUUUUAGGUGAAAUAAUAUUAAUAAAUCAUGAAUCCAUAUAAGGAUCUGGAAGAAAGUUCUUUCACCGCCGCUCCUCACCUGACCUACGAAGAUAUAGCCACGAAAUUGCUGAAAGAUAACUAUUUUUUAACGGCUCUAGAACUGCACACGGAGCUUGUAGAAAGCGGUAAAGAAUUGCCGCAAUUAAGGGAAUUUUUUUCUAAUCCAGGAAACUUCGAACAACAUGUUUCUAGAGCCUCAGAGUUUGUUUCUAUGCAUCGUUCGCCCAGCCAGGCGACAUUGGAUUCCCUCGACACCGCGCGGUACUCCGAGGAUGGUGGUGGGGACCGCGGUGGCAGUGGGGGUGAUGUGGCUGUCUUGGAAUUCGAAUUGAGGAAAGCAAAAGAAACCAUUCAUGCAUUGAGAGCUAAUUUAACUCAAUUUGCUGAUGGUGAAUCAGGUCUAGACAAAAACUCAAAGGACCCAUUCAACAAGCGCUCCUUGAAACCCCAUGAGCGCAGAGCCCUCAACUUCCUCGUUAAUGAGUACCUGCUGCUCCAGGACUACAAGCUCACCUCUAUCACGUUUUCUGAUGAAAAUCCAGAUCAGGAUUUCGAAGAUUGGGAUGACGUAGGUCUAAACAUGCCGCGACCCUCAGGCCUAGUGUCCCUUUUCUGGGGAAAUUCUGCCAUAAAUGUCCCAAAGACAGAUGCAAGUACAGAAACGGACUGGCAAUGUUCGGAUAUGGACUGCCAGACUCACUGUGAUGACAAUGUGUGUGUGAGUUGUCAGACGUCGUUUCAAAAUGAUACUGAUUGGAAUCAUGAGAUACUUAUUCAAGCAGAAGAAAUAGAACUCCUCAAGCAAAAAAUCAUACUACUAGAAACAGAAAAGUUAAACUUUCAGAAAUUAUAUGAUGCCGCCAUAGUUAGUCUAAACUCCUUAACCAGUCCAGCCUCAGAGAGCAAAGGGCUGGAACUCCACAUGCCAGAAGGGAAGAUGACACAGGUUAUUGACACAAUUGAAAGUAGGCCUCUGCCCUGCACUGCAACGGAGAACCAUUAUGGCAGCGGGCAAUCUACCCACAGUGCUACUCCGGACCAGUUUGAAAUGAUUGAUAGUGAGAAGAAUAGUGCAAUAGUAAGAAAAGAAGGCUCGAACACUAGCUCAUUCGAGCCAGCGCUACUCGGUGACGUCACAAGCCGGGGCUCGCCAACGCGCGGGAGCGUCACGACACUCGACGACACGUUAAGCAUGAACGACGCGGCCGAGUGGACCCGCGUGCACUACGACUACGACUGCAAGGAGAUGUGGAUCGACAGCGGUCUACCAAACACCCUAAAGCUGUCCUUAAUAAACUGGUGCAGCGAGACCCUGAGUCUGAAUGAGCCUUUGACGAACGAGUUGUUGGCCGAGCUGGUGAACAGUGAUAAACCGGUCACGCUUUCGGAACUGCUUAUGUUGGUCGCUGAUACGAUGCCUAAGGUGCUACCUCACACGCUGGUAGCUCGCCGUUGCGAAGCGGCCGCGUUACUGGCGAGCUGCGCGGCGCUGCUCCCGCCAGGAGACACGAGGCGCGCCCGCACCCUGCAGACUCUGCUCACGCUAGUGAAGAAACCCGAGCCGGCGGACACACGCGCAAUUUGUGAAGCCUCAUGUCUUAUAGUGAAAUGGGGCGGCGCAGGCGAGGUCCUAUCAUCCAUCGCCGAACUCCUCGCCUCACGGUCCACGGAGCGUCGUAUCCUAGCCAGCCAAAUAUGCGUAGCCAUAGCACCAUACGUACCCAUAGAGCUAUGCACAUCCUUACUACUCAGCCUAGUCACAUUAAUGUGUGAAUCUAAUGAACCAGAAAUACGAAGUAUUGGGCUGAAAUCAGCCUGUUUAAUAUGUCCUGUGGCCGAGCAUAAGUAUGUACAGUUGGAGAAUCUCAUGUUUAGUUUUCUGAAGGACCCGGUGGAUAAGAAUGUUAAGGAUGCUGUUAGAAUAUUUGUUCCGCUGUUGGCGAGGAACGCCUUAAUUUCAGGCAAAUUCUCAACGGAAUUAUGCACACGAAUAUUAUCGAAUUUAAUAAAAUCAAGCAAAGAAAGCGAAUCAAAGAGUGUUAUAUUAUAUUUAGAAGUAAUGAGAGUAUUAGUAUUAUCGAAGCUGGCCUACGUAGUGAAUGUACAAAUCGUUAGAGAAGUUACCCCUAUCUGUGAUACGAGUGUUAUGUUACAAGACGUGUUAUUGGAGAGUGAGCAGGACAGCUUUAUGGACCUGCAGUGCUAUUUCACGGAGAAUGUGGACGCCAAAGGAUUGUUGGUGGCAAUGAAUAGUUUAUUGUUGAAGAAGGAUGUGAGAUGGGCGGAGUUGAAUUGGUUUAUUGAAAUAGUUAAACAAAUUUUAGAAAUAGCAACGAACGGCAAAGCUCUAAACCACCCCACGAUAUACGAGCUCCUAAUAUCGCUAUUCAGCAGUUACGUAGACAAUUUCGGCGCUCAGUUCGCACUUAGCAUACUCACGCCUAUAUUCAUGGACAUCAUAAUGGAUUUGGAACAGAAAAUGGAGAAGCUUCAUAGUGUGAAUGUGGAGUAUACUGUGGUUGUGGGUGUGUACCUCGUGGCCAUGUUGCCGGUGCAGGGGGAUCUGAGGCAACAGGCGGAGUUCCUACAGAAGUGGAUUGUAUAUAGCAGUAUCCGCGGGCUUCCCGUCAAAAUGUUCUCCGUCCCCUUGAAGUGGACGGCGAAACACAGACCGCUCCUGCUGGACUCUUACUUACAACACCUUAGAGAAUUCACAGCCCACAGCAGCGCCGGCAGCCGAGUGUAUAUCAGUACCUUAUUGGCAGAGCUCCUGAGCGUGUGCGACGUGGAAGAGAGCAGCAUAGAGCGGCAGCUUAUACCCGCCGUUAUGGCGCUGCUCAACGAUGACGACGCCACCGCCGGCAGCCGAGUGUAUACCAGUACCUUAUUGGCAGAGCUUCUGAGCGUGUGCGACGUGCACGAGAGCAGCAUAGAGCGGCAGCUUAUACCCGCCGUUAUGGCGUUGCUCAACGAUGACGACGCUCACAGCCCACAGCAGCGCUGGCAGCCGAGUGUAGUCACAGCCCACAGCAGCGCCGGCAGCAGAGUGUAUAUCAGUACCUUAUUAGCAGAGAUCCUGAGCGUGUACGACGUGGACGAGAGCAGCAUAGAACGGCAGCUUAUACCCGCCGUUAUGGCGUUGCUCAACGAUGACGACGCAUCGGUCCGCGAAUCGGCCAUCACAUGUUGGGGCAGCGUGACCCGCGCGUGCCUCAUCCACGGCUACUCCAGCGAGGCCCAAUGUUGGCCGCCCGUGGAACAUAUAAUAUCAACUGGUCGACUCUCGGUCAAAGAAGUGGCUCGGGCUGCUGAAGCGUUGGCGCUGCUCGUUCUGCCUACUGCCGAGAACGCUGUCGUGUCUGAGAGAGCGGUGUCCCUUCUAUGCACGCUGGCAGGGCUGUGUACAUCACCAGAAGGCGUCGGCGCAUUAACGCCGGGGCUGCAACUCGCAGCGCACCACGCCGCGCACCACCCCGCUUUACUACCAGCCCUAAGAAAACUGGAAGAGAUCGUCCAAACCCCCGGCUUCACCCAAUACAAGCCGUCCAUAGAAGUCCUCCUGCACAACGCGACGGGCGCGGCGCCCGAGCCGGCGCGCGAGCCCCCGCGCGCGGGCAACAUGGCCGCCGCGCACGAGGUCGGCCGCCGCGUCUCCAUGAUGUUCCAGCACAAGUCCAACAUGAUGCCGAAUAUAUUCAAAAAGAAGACUUAA